AUGGAAGGGUUGUUUUUCAACAUUGACUACGGCUACGUGGAGGGCGUUGUACGAGGAUACCGCGACGGGUUGCUAGGCAACAACCAGUACGUCAACUUGACCCAGUGUGAUAAUUUGGACGAUAUUAAACUUCAGUUGUCUGCCACGGAUUACGGCAACUUUUUAGCUUCGUAUUCUGGGCCAUUAUCUACGUCUGUAAUUCAAGAUGGAAUGUCAAAGAAACUCUACCAGCAGUUUCAGUAUAUCAGGGCACAAGCAUCGGGUAAGCUUCUUCGAUUUUUGGACUAUAUUAGUUACGGCUACAUGAUCGACAAUGUGUCGUUGAUGAUCACAGGAACACUUCAUGAGAGAGACAAGUCAGAAAUUCUCUCCAAGUGCCACCCGCUAGGCUGGUUUGAUACUUUGCCUACUCUUUCCAUUGCCACUGACAUCGAGAGCUUGUAUAGCACUGUGUUGGUGGACACUCCGUUGGCACCGUUUUUCAAAAACUGUAUAAGUGCCGACGACUUGGACGAUCUCAAUAUUGAAAUUAUCAGAAACAAGUUGUACAAGAAUUACUUGGAGGCGUUUGUCGAGUUUGUCGAGAAAGAAUUCCUGUCACCAGACAAGGAAAUUAUGACCCGAUUGUUGAGCUUUGAGGCCGACAAAAGAGUAAUCAAUAUCGCCCUCAACUCCAUGAAUAACCCCGACUUGUCUCCUGAGGACAAGGUGCUGUUGUUUCCCUCGUACGGAAAGUUGUACCCCACGUACCACACGCAAUUGUCACAAAUUGACGACCCCGAACAGUUGAAGUCCAUUGUGGAAUCUGUCGGUGAGUACCUGGAUCUUUUUUCGAGCUCACAAGAUUCGGGCUCCAAAAACUUAGAGGACUGGUUCUACUUCCUCGAAAUGCAAUACUGUAAGAAUGCGUUCACCCAGCAGUUCACGUUAUCCACCAUCUGGGCUUGGCUUCGGUCCAAAGAGCAGGAAGUGCGAAACGUUACUUGGAUUGCUGAAUGUAUUGCCCAGAACCAAAAGAACAGGAUUGACAACUAUAUAUCUGUUUACUAG